AUGCAUGCACACCCACAAGCCAGUGUGGAUAUCUUGACUAAAUCUCCUAUCCUCGAUGUCUUAGCAGACAACUUCGCCAAUCAUCUGGCCCGGUUGUCUGGCUCUUUAGCUCACGAAGCGAGGCGUCGCAUUGGUCAUUAUCGUACUGAGACGGUUCUGAAGGGUGGCAAAAAGGCCGACCCAGAGGCUGACACUGGAGCUGACGCAGGGGCCGAGGCGUAG